GGCUUUCGAGAAAAAACAAUAGGCCUGUCCGAUAUACAGUCGGUCCCCCAAUCCAGGCUGAUUAAUACUCGCUAACCCUAGCACCCUUUUCACCAUAGCUGCUAAGGAUACACCGUUGAAUCACGCCGAGGGUUCCGAAGCUCCAACUCCGCCGCAGCAAUGCAGGUGAACGUUCCUAAGACAAAGAAGACCUACUGCAAGAGCAAGGAGUGCAAGAAGCACACUCUCCAUAAGGUCACCCAGUACAAGAAGGGUAAGGACAGUCUUGCUGCUCAGGGAAAGCGUCGUUAUGACAGGAAGCAAUCCGGUUAUGGUGGUCAGACCAAGCCCGUUUUCCACAAGAAGGCAAAAACCACUAAGAAGAUUGUCCUGAGGCUCCAGUGCCAAGGCUGCAAGCAUGUCUCUCAACACCCAAUCAAGAGGUGCAAGCACUUUGAAAUCGGUGGAGACAAGAAGGGCAAGGGAACAUCUUUGUUCUAGAUGCAGUAGUUCAGCUGUAUCGUUUGUUAUAUUUCUACAGUAGUAGAACUGCAAUCCUCGAGUACUUAGUAUUGGUUUGAGUUUGUAACAGUUUGUCUGUUCGAAGUUUUCUUGUUAUGCAAUGUAGUAGACUAUCGAAAAUCAGUUUUGGUUUCUGUUCUCUUGUGAUCCCUUCCGAGUUCAUUCCAUUUGAGAAGAGGUUUCAUGUUAAGCUCAUUCGAUUCGUGAAUGAUAUCGAACAUCUCAAUCUAUUUUCCUAGGCAAGAGUGUUAGGGAAUUUUAGAGUUAUGGUCAUUCACUUCCUGAAUAAUCUUCUUCCCUUAGCAAAAGUCUGUGUUGAUGAAUCGGCGAUCUUGCGAGUUAUAUAUGCCGAGGAACGAACAAAUGCUCCAUAAUUCUCCAUACCAAAUUCAGCGAUCUUUCGAGUUAUAUA